AUGCGGGCAAGGCGCAGUGCAGCUGCGCAGCAAGCUUCUCCUCCUCCUGGGACUUUCGUCGAGCAGUUGGUGUGCAUCCAAGGGGGCUUCAAUGGAGUCCCUUGCCAGCUUUCCAGCCUUCCAAGGGGUCGUCCGACCCCUCUUGUCCCAACGUGGAUCCGCCACUGCUUCCAAUCAGCUUAG